AUGGCUAAUUAUUCUCAUAUAGUUGGAGUCCAUUAUAAAGUGGGUAAAAAGAUUGGUGAAGGAAGUUUUGGGAUUAUCUUUGAAGGGAUUAAUUUAUUGACUAAUCAACAAGUAGCUAUUAAGUUUGAACCAAGAAAAAGUGAAGCUCCACAAUUAAGAGAUGAAUAUAGAAGCUAUAGAAUUUUAAAUAAUAUUGAAGGAAUACCAAAAGCUUACUUUUUCGGACAAGAAGGAGUUCAUAAUAUAUUAAUCAUUGAUUUAUUAGGACCUUCAUUAGAAGAUUUAUUUGACUGGUGUGGGAGAAAAUUUUCUAUCAAAACAGUGAUCCAAAUUGCUAAACAAAUGAUUCAAAGAGUUGAAAGUAUUCAUGAAAAUAAUCUCGUUUAUAGAGAUAUUAAACCGGAUAACUUUUUGAUUGGUAAACCAGGAACAGAUCAAGCUAAUGAUGUAUUUGUUGUUGAUUUUGGUAUGGCCAAACAAUAUAGAGAUCCAAAAACCAAAAAUCAUAUACCUUAUAGAGAAAGGAAAGCAUUAAGUGGUACGGCAAGAUAUAUGUCUAUCAAUACCCAUAAAGGUCGAGAACAACUGAGAAGAGAUGACUUGGAGAGUUUAGGUCAUGUAUUUAUGUAUUUCUUAAGAGGUUCAUUACCAUGGCAAGGAUUAAAGGCUCCAACUAAUAAACAGAAAUAUGAAAAAAUUGGUAAUAAGAAAGAGAUGACAUCAAUCAAUGAAUUAUGUUUUGGAUUCCCAAUCCAAUUUUCCCAAUAUUUAAAUUAUGUAAGGAAUUUGAAAUUUGACGAAGAUCCAGAUUAUAAUUAUUUGAUAAAUUUGAUGAACAAAGCUAUGAUAUCAAUUAAUUGUAAAGAUGAUGGUCAUUAUGAUUGGAUGGAUUUGAAUGGUGGUAGAGGUUGGGAUGCUUCAUUGAAUAAGAAAUCUAAUUUACACGGUUAUGGACAACCUCAUCCCAAAUUUAAUGAUAAUUCAAGAUUGAAACCAAAUAAGAAUAAUUAUAAUGCUAUACCAUUCAGUCCUGUUAAUGAUGAACCUGAAAGUUUAGACGAUAGAAAUUGUUUAUCGAGAUUCUUCUGUUGUCUUUAG